UAUGCAAAUGCGAUUAAAUAAUCCUUCCAAAAAAAAAAAAAAAAAAAAUCUGAUAUAAAUAAGGUCUGCUUGAGUUUAGGGUUUCUCGGCCGCCAUUGAAGAGUAGAGUAGGGUUUGGCAAUCUUUUCGUCGAAGCGGCAACCAUGGUGACAGCGAAGAAGACUAAGAAGACUCAUGAGAGCAUCAACAACCGGCUCGCUCUCGUUAUGAAGAGCGGGAAGUACACCCUUGGGUAUAAGACCGUUCUCAAAUCUCUAAGGAGUUCCAAAGGGAAGCUAAUCAUCAUUGCGAACAACUGCCCUCCUCUUAGAAAAUCAGAAAUAGAGUACUACGCAAUGUUGUCAAAAGUUGGAGUUCAUCACUUUAACGGAAACAACGUUGAUCUGGGUACUGCUUGUGGUAAAUACUAUCGGGUCUGCUGCCUCAGUAUUAUUGAUCCAGGUGAUUCUGAUAUUAUCAAGAGCAUACCUGGUGAUCAGUGAGGCGAACAGGGGAAUAGUCUGUAACUCCUUUGUUAUUUUUAACACAUUCUGUUUGUUUUAGUAUCAGGGUUCUUUUUACCUCUCUUGGUUUUGGGAAGUCAAAUUUUGAUGGGUCUUGGCUAUUGCAAAGACUGUGUUUCUGAGAUAGAAAAUCUAGUUAAAACAUCCUCAUAAUUAUCAUUUCUUUUUC